AUGGUCCACUUCUCGUUUGCUACUGUCGCCGUUGUCGCCGGCUUUUUCGCUCAGGCAGCCCUCGCCCUUCCUUCCCCGACUAUCGAGCGAGCUCAUGUCAAGCGUGCGGCUAGCUGCACUUUCCCUACUCCUCCCAAGACAUCUAGCUUGAGUGCUGCAAAGACUAUUACGGGCACCUUUGACGGCGGAAACGUUCGCUACGAUCGUGGCUCCGGUGCUUGCACAGGCCAGAAGGAAGGCGGCGACAAGGACGCCGUCUUCAUUCUUGAAUCUGGUGCCACCAUCCAGAACGUCGUCAUUGGAGCUAACCAAGCCGAAGGAAUUCACUGCAAGGGCUCUUGCAACAUCUACAACGUCUGGUUUGAAGACGUCUGCGAGGAUGCCAUCACUAUUAAGCAGACCUCGGGUACCUCUACUAUUCGGGGUGGAGGAGCCAAGGGAGCUGAUGAUAAAGUUGUUCAGCACAACGGCGGUGGAACCGUCAACAUCGAGUCUUACUGCGUCCAGGACUUUGGCAAGCUCUAUCGCUCUUGCGGAAACUGCUCUACUCAAUACAAACGCACUGUCAAUAUCAGCAAUAUUAUUGCUAAGAAUGGGAAGCUAAUUGCCGGAGUCAACUCCAACUACGGCGACGUCGCUCAUAUCACGGGUACCAACACUCUCACCAGCAUCAAGUCUAUCUGCAACACCUUCAAGGGAAAUAGCAAUGGCGACGAGCCCACUACGCUUACUACCAAUGUUCCGAAUACUUCGUAA